AUGCUGGCGCUUGAGGACUUCGAAGCGUUCACCGAGGCUGAGUUUGCGCCGGUGCCCUUUGCCGCGUCUCUAUUGGCAGCCACCAAUGCCGACGACAGCGAACUCGAUCUCGCCACGGCCAUCAAGCGGCUCCAGUUUGACCACACAGAGUGCGACCGGCGCACACGCACUUUGGCCGAAGCGCACGCGCCCGCCUUGGCCGCCAAUUUUGCUCGAGCGUCGGGCGCGCGCCAGCUUAUUACGGGCGCGCUUGAGCCUCGCACAGCACACGCCCAACGACAGUAUCAGCGGAUCGAAGAAGAAGUGGUUGCGCCGUACGAAAAUGCCACUGCUCUCCACGCAGCGCUCGGGCGCAUCCAUGCCACGCUGACGGUGCUUCGGCAAGCCGGGUUUUUCCUUGUGUUCGUCCAGCAGCUCCAUGCGUGCGAAGAUGCCUUGUCGGGGGCCGAACCCGAUGUGCGCGAACUUGUGCGGCAGGCGCGCCUCCAGAACCAGCUUGCGAAAAUGCUCGAGCGCGAUGCGCCGUUGGCUGGUCUUCGCAUGGUGCGCGAGUAUGGCCCUCUUCUUGCUGCGCGGCGGGAGAAGUUCGUGGCUCAGCUCGCAACUCAAGUUCAGGGCGAGAUGGCCCACCACACGGCGUUCCAUGCCCGCAACGACCGCUUGCUUGCCGGCGUGUAUGCAUUGUUCGAGGCCGACCGCCAAGAAUGCGCCGCAGUGCUUGAGCGCGGCUUGUCCAAGCUGGUGCAAGUGGCUCUGGCGUCUCUCACACGCUCGCUCCAGUCUCCAAGAACCUUCCGCACUGCAGUUGCUGACGCCAGUGCUGCAGCAGAUACGUUUGUGUCCACGCUCCGUGAAGUGCUCCGUGGCGCUUGUGUAUAUGCGGAUGACGCAGAGAAGGAAGAAAAAGAUGACGUUUUGACAAGAGCAGACGAACAGGGCCAGGCAGGAGAAGACAAUGGCGCAGCAGAGGGGAGAGCCGAUUAUGGCGAGGUCUAUGCCGCAUUCGAGCAUUCUCUCGGCGACCUGGUCGAUCGUGUGUACUGGCUGCGCAUGGCGUACAAGUUCAAGAAGAAUUUGGCGGCAACCAUGGCGCGCGGUGGACCUGUGGCCCGCAAUUUGCGGGCGAGUCGCGGAACCAUGGAGGCGGCCGUGGUUGGACCUAGCUGGGCGCGCGCCUCUUUGCUCGACGCCCUCGCGCUUGUGGACCAAGAGCACCCGUAA